CCCACGCCUUCACCAUCCCAUUGCCUGCCCCGCACAGCCGCACCCGCCCGAAGACACACACCAUGGCAAUGAGGCUCGCAGCCAGCCGGCCAUUGGCCGCCGUCGCGCGCUCGACGGCCGCGCGCGCAUUCUCGACGAGCGCGCUGCGGGCGAAGGAGAUCGCAGGCGAGAACACGGAGACGCCCAACAUGCGGUACGCCCCGCGUAAUCCCUCGGAGACGCUCCAGCGCGCCAUUGUCAACCCGCUCGACAAGUACAAGACCAAGGGCGAGGGCCUGCACACCUACGGCAACUACCUGAUGUCGUGCCUGCCCAAGUACAUCCAGCAGUUCUCCGUCUGGAAGGACGAGCUCACCAUCUACAUCCCCCCGUCUGGUGUCCUCCCGGUCUUCACCUUCCUGAAGAACCACACGGCCGCCGAGUACACCCAGAUCUCCGACAUCACCGCCGUCGACUACCCCACCAAGGACCAGCGCUUCGAGGUCGUCUACAACAUGCUUUCCAUCCGCCACAACUCGCGCUUGAGGGUCAAGACCUACGCUGACGAGGCCACCCCGGUCCCGUCUCUCUGCGACCUCUACGACGGCGCCAACUGGUACGAACGCGAGGUCUACGACCUGUUUGGUGUCUUCUUCGUUGGCCACCCUGACUUGCGCCGCAUCAUGACCGACUACGGUUUCGACGGCCACCCACUGCGCAAGGACUUCCCAAUGACCGGAUACACUGAGAUCCGCUACGACGAGGAGAAGAAGCGGAUCGUCGUCGAGCCGCUCGAGAUGACCCAGGCCUUCAGGAACUUCCGCGGCGGUUCAGCAGCAUGGGAGCAGGUCGGCCCUGGACAAGAGACAACACCAGAGAACUUCAAGCUGCCCACACCCAAGCCGGAGCCGCCGAAGGAGGGCGAGCAGAAGAAGUAGAAAACUAGAGCAAGAUUUUGCGACUUGUAAAUACAUGAAUCAAUUACCUGUACCAUCGUCUCGAG